UCAAUGAUAGAGAUCGAAAACGAAAGCAAGUUUUUUACUCAGCUUUUGUAUUUCCCGCACACGGUCGAGGAACAAAAAGACAUUAAAAAGGUUAGCGAAUAGCGAUGCAAUAAUUAGCCUACUUUACAUGUCUUUUGCCGUCAAUUUGCUAGCGGAGGUCUUCUUCCCAGCUAAAUAAGGACUUCAGCAGCAUUUUGCUUGUAUUUUACGAGUAGUCUACCUCGUAGUGUAAACGGCGGACUCUAUAUUAUUUUGCUUAAACAAACGCAAUGGAAAUCAUCUUAAAAGAAAAGAAAAUAGAACUCAUCCGUUGGCUUAGUGUGGAUACCUUUAUUUUGCAACACGUUCAAUCUGCAAAUCUCAUAACAAACUUGGAGUACGAGAAACUGAAGUCUAUAACUCUUUCUACGGAUACAACCAUUGAACUCCUGGACAUCAUCCUUAAAAAGGGUGAAAAUGUGUGUCGAGAAUUUUUGAAUUUGCUCAAAAAGGAUGAUGUGAAUGAAAUGUCUCCUGAACUCAGAGACUGGGUUAAAACUGUGAAUACUUCAGAGACUACAAACAGAGCAGGAUCACAAGGACACCAAAUAACAAUCCAGAAAACGGAGAGAGGAGAGCCUUCUUAUAACAGGCCAAUACAAGGCUUUAAGAAGUUUCUGAAAAGCAACACCAGUUACUUGGUUCAGAAUGUGAAGAACAUCGAUCCAAUUCUUGAUGAUCUUAAUUUACAUGAUGAACAACUUGCAAAUAUCAGAGUGCUUACAACAACUCAAGACAAGAUGAGAAAACUGCUUGACUACAUGAAUUCUGAAAGUAUUGCUGAGCGCCUGUACAAUGCUUUGUUAGACCAUGAAAAGGAUCUCAUGAAAGAGCUGCAAAACUAAAAGAAUUGUUUACCCUCCAGUUCGGAAGCAAAUUUUAUUCUGAAUAUUUCUGUGAGUCAAUCAUAAGUGGCAAAAUGUAAUUCUGGUUAAUACCAAUACAUUCCCAUGAUUUUUAAAAAGGGAUUGGUGGUGGAAUUUUAGAAAUGUUGUUUACCUCAGACACAAAAACUACUUAGCUUUGUAAUAUGGAAGGGUAGAGGGCAUGUAUCUGUUUAACUGUGUUACCAAAGAUUUAGGCAACAUUCUCAGGUUCACUCAGGCAAAAGAGCAAGUGAUGUUUCGCUCGUAUGCUAUUUAGGCAGAAAAAUAGACCCUUCAUUCAUUUCAUUUUGGUAAAGAAGGACAAGCCCUUAUUCACCCAUUCACCAAAAGUGUUGAUCAUUUACAGUAAUUUUUAUAGUAUGCUCAUUGUCUCAAUAUCUGUUUUAAUAUUUUUAUAAUUAGUUUAAAAUUAUUACUGGUAGUUUACUGGUGGUAGUAUAUAGAUAGAAAACAGUAGUUUACCAUUGUGUCAGUAAUCCAAUAAUAUAAAGCCAGUACUCCUGGAUGUUUUUAAA